UCUGCUGCAUAUUUUGAUUUCACUGUUCCCUGUUCAUCAGGCCCCGGCAACAAAAGACAACAUACAGAAAAUCAUGGGAAACCCUGUCAGGUCUGAAACACUGGUUUCUGGAUAAGACCAUAAUUAACUGACAAUCAAGUAUUACGAGUUGACAAGUUAACAGUACAACUAAAUAUCUGGAGUCCUUCAGUGAAAUUAAUAUUUAGUAGCAGAUUUAAGUUUUUUUUAUUUUGCUCGCACAGUGCAUUUUCCAAAAUAUCAUGCUUAAUCAAAUUACUGUAAAUUAAAACCAGGACAUAUCCCUGGACCAGCAGUAUGUGGUUCCUUUCUGGGUCUCUUGGUGAUUAUUUUUAUUUAUUUUUUAAACAACAACAACAAUAAUAAUAAUAAUAAUAAUAAUAUUAAUAAUAAUGGGAGGUGGAGAUUGAUUUCUCUACCUGAGUUCAAAUUAAAUUCAGAUUUUCCCUCUCAACUCAAGAGGUCAAAUUAUUCAAUAUACACAGUUUAGAGAGAAGUAAAAUGCUACUUAGUGAACAUAUUAAAGGACAGGUUCACAGUUUUCCAAGUCUGUCUAAAAACAAUAGUCAGGUGGCCAAACAAACAAAUUCUUGCUAUAAUCAUUCCUCAUGUUCAAACUGGCCCUUCCCAAUACCCCCUCAAUGGAAGUGACAGGUGAAUCCACAGUCCCUAUGCAUUUAACAGGUAUUCCUAGUCUAAAGUUUUUUAGAUAAUCAGAUUAAUUGGAUGUCUUCCAAAGAUACAGUCUUUUAUUAAAUUAUGUAAUAUAGUAGGAUAAUUUAAAGCAGGAAAUAUUGCACUUAAUUUGUCUGAUGACUAAAGCUUCAUAGACAGACUUGAAAAAUUGUGACCCUGUGACAAAGUAUUGGGGCUGGUGUGUGGAUAGAGUGGACAGUGACGUUAUAGGCAUUACUCAAGACAUGCGGGGCGCUAUAUUUAGAUAGUCUGACAUAAGAUAAUACACAUCAUCUUUUUAAAGUUCUGUGAGUGGUGGCCAAGGCAUCCCCCUACUCUGAAGCACGGGCUGGACAUAGCUGAAGAGAUAUAUGAUAUGGAAAAACACACACAUGUUCUGAGAAUUGACAAUUGAUUAAAAAUGGGGAAAUUAGACUGCUUCUAAAACCCAUGGCAAAGGCACUACUAAAACCUUUAUAUGGGGACUGAGAUAUUUUAAGUUGUGUGCCUUACUUACGACAAGUGUUUUUGUUCUGUAAUAAUUAUAUGAAAGACAAUAAAAUAACAAUUUGAAAUACAAAAAGAAAAAGUGUAAACUUAUCCUUUAAUGCAACAGUACUACUAAUGUAAUAAUUCAAUAUAUAAUAAUAUAUCAAUUAAAGGGGACGGCAAGUACUUUUGCUGGUGCUAAUAAUAUGUCUGUAUUGUUAGGCCUUCUUGAGUGGGAUUUUGAAUGCAGGACUUUUACUUGUGCUGGAGUUUGUUUGUUUUUUUACAUUGUUUGAUACUAAAGUAGAAGGUCUGAGUACUUUUUCCAGCGCUGACCGGUAAUACCUUAAAUGUACUAAGUGUACCUGGGGCUUAGCACACAUUCAUAAACCGUUACAUAAUGCCCCACAACAGGUACAUGUUGACACCCUGAGCUGCUGAUUUGUUUACGCCUGUUCGCUGUCACAUGAAUUACUCGGUUUCCCAGAAGUCCUCUCGGCGCAGGCGCAGAGCGCGUUGCCUGACAGUGGUAAACAGACGUCAGAAGGGAGUCUUCGCCUCGAGUCAAAACAAAACAAAACAAAACAAGUCAAAAAGACACUGAAGGAGUGAAUAUUUGGACAGCAACGACGACAGGAACUUCUACAAAACUCACCACUGAUCAAAAACGGCAACUUGGAGGGAGGUAUGUGCGGGUUUUCGCGGACUUUUUCACGGAUUGUAAACUCUGGAGUAGCAGGAGCUUAACCAGCUAACGUUACGGAGGCUGUCGUGCUGUUUUCAAAGUGCUGCGAGUGGGAGCCGACAGACCUCCGAGGCGACCCAGCUUCACCCAGCACCCGGGGAUCCGCUUCGUAGCUCGUCUAACGAGACUUCGGGCCGACGAUCGGCAGAGCUGCGGGCCGCGGUGGAAGGAGGGUUUUUAUAACCGCUUCUUGGAGCAUCGUGUGCCGCGGCCGGAGUGUGGAGAAACAUGGCAGAUGGUGACAUGCGCCUGGCCGCAAUGUGGCGGACCGUGCAGACCUGAAGCACGGACUUUUCUUCCCACAUUUCUCUCGCCCCCACACUUUUAUCAACUCAAACACUAUUAAGCCGUUACCUAAAUCUAUCCACACUUUAACUUACAGGCCACAGCGUUUCAUUCCGUUUUUGUUUUUUUUUUACUUUUAGACAGUCGAUGAACAAAACCGCUGCUUGGAUAAUCUGCCGUUUUUACACUUUGAUCCACCGGACUGGUUUGUGGCUGUUUGGGGGUAAUUUAGGGAUUUUUUAAAAACUUGGGUGGAGGUAUUUUGUCUUGUGGAGAGCCCAGACAUCACAUUGUUUACAAGUGGAGGCGGACAGGGGCUCUCUUGAGAAGCUCCUUUGUAACCAUAGCCAGCUAAUCCCUGUUUGUAGCCUUCAUAGCGUUACAGUAAAAAAAAAGUAGGUUUGAAUCAGAAAAUGUAUAUUUAAUUUGAUAAAUUUGGUACGAAAUAAAACUUUAUAUUGGUUUUUAUCUUAAAUCAUUGCCUGGUUAUACUUUCAGAAACAGUUAAAAGUACACUUUUGUGACAUUUACUCUUUGACAAAUAUUUAAAUUGAGUGUUUAUUAAGAGGAAUGGCAUUAUUGUAUAUCCAUAUACAUUAAUGAAUUUGUAAUUCAUUUUCAGGCGAGCCUAAACCUCUGUAGAUCCAGAUGUUUUGGUGCUCAUUGCCACUCUGCCACUUUUGUUUUUAUUUCAUUCAAACAAAGGGGCUCUCGUCUCAGCCCUCCUUCAUUCUAUAUAAAUCGGAAGGUUUAUGAUAGUUACUAUUAAGGAGAUUAUUUGGGUUCCCUAAUCUCCAAUCUGAGGAUUAACCGAGGCUAUUGGUGUGUCCAGAUUAUUACGUCUCUUUUCUAGGCCCCUCAGUGGGUGAAGACUUGUUUUUGUGUCAGGAUUUUUUUUUUCAACGCAUCAUCCGUUCAAAGUUAGACUAACUUUAAAGUUUAAAGGUAAAUGUUUUAAGUGGUUCCCAUCUCUGUGGUUAAGUGGAAGUUAAGCGGACCGCCAUGGAGGAGUCAUCGGUGCCCCCGAUUGACCCAGAUUUUGAGCCGCAGAGCAGACCCCGCUCUUGCACGUGGCCUCUACCGAGACCCGACAUCUCCGCUGUCAAACCGGAGGGGGGCGAUGGCACCGAGUCCGCCGCAGGUACCCCGCCCGCCGACGAGGAUAAGCCCGAGCCGCAGCAAAUCACGUCCGAGCCAGAGAAGGCUUCGGCGGCGGCCGAGGGCGGGGUCGUGGCCGGCGUGGGCGGAGCCGGUGCGACGCCCCGCAAAGGAUCAUCCAGGCGCAACGCGUGGGGGAACCAGAGCUACGCGGACCUGAUCAGCCAGGCCAUCGAGAACUCACCUGAGAAGAGGCUGACUCUGGCGCAGAUCUACGAGUGGAUGGUGAAAACAGUGCCUUACUUCAGAGACAAAGGAGACAGCAACAGCUCAGCUGGCUGGAAGAAUUCCAUCCGCCACAAUUUAUCACUCCACAACAAGUUCUUGAGGGUACACAAUGAAUCGACAGGAAAGAGCUCCUGGUGGAUGCUCAACCCAGAAGGAGGGAAGACCGGGAAAGCUCCUCGCCGUCGAGCCGCAUCCAUGGACAACAGCAGCAAACUGCUGAAGAGUCGCAUGAGGGCCAAGCAGACCAAGAAGCAGGCGGGAGCGGCCGCCGGAGGGUCACUGCAGGGUGAUGGCAGCACGGGGUCAGCGGGCGCAGACAGCCCUAAUUCGUCCCAGCAGUUUCCCAAAUGGGGGGUCAACAGUAGUAGCCCUUCAUCCCGUGGCAGCCUGGACGACACUGACAUGUGGACCACCUUCCGUCCACGCACAAGUUCCAACGCCAGCACCCUGAGUGGACGCCUGUCCCCCAUCGCUCCUGGACAGGAGGACGACGACAACCUCCCUGAGGACGGGCUGCUGGGAAGAUACACUGCCAGCAGCUUGACCCCCACCCUCACCGAGACCCUCAUGGAAGAGCUGGAUCUGAUCGAUGGCCUCACGUUGAUGACUGGGCAGCAGGGAGGGGCCAGCCCCAGCACAGCCCCACCGGCACCUCCCACUCCGCUGCCCUCUGCCUCCACCCUGCUGCCUCGAGGCUCCAGCUUCUCUUCCUUCCAUCAGCUGCAACCAUCCAGUCUCCCGCAGGCCCCCACCCACAGUGGGACCCAGGCCUCCAUCUCUCAGUGCGGACCCAGCAGCAAGGAGCCAUCGACCUUCAGCAACUCCCUCUUCAACCCCAUGUCGAGCUCCGGGUCUCGUGGGAGUGGCCACUACAGCACACAUGUGCCCUCCAGCCUGGAAGCGCUGCUCACCUCUGACUCCCCUCCUCCCAGUGAUGUCAUGAUGACCCAGGUGGACCCCCUCAUGCCCAGCCCUGGAGGGGUUGGCCUGAUGGGUUUGGGCACAUCUGUGGUGGGUGUGAGGUCCAAACCCAAUCAGCUGCUGUUGGGUAAAGGGCUGGAGCAGAACACGGUGGCCCCCAUGGCGCUGCAGCCUCAGAUGCAGCCUCAGCAGCACCACCUUCACCAGCAGCAGCAGCAACAGCCACAACAACAACACCAGCAUCACUCUCCGAUGGGGUUGGGGAUGAUCCUCUCAGGUAUGUCUCAGGACCUGUCGCAGCUCUCAGCUCUCAAAGCCCAGCAUGCCACGGUGCCGGCUGUGGGCUCUCAUCACGGAGGGCCCGUCGCCUCAGCCAAUCCGGGUGCAGGUCUGCAGGCGAUGGGUCCGUUUGGAGCUCCGUCCUGCUUCCCCACCGGUCAGGACCGACUGCCCACAGAUUUGGACAUAGACAUGUUCACAGAAAACCUGGAUUGUGACGUGGACUACAUCAUCAACAGUGACCUCAUGGACGGAGACGGCCUUGAUUUCAACUUUGACCCCAUACUGCCUGGAGGCCAAGGUUACACGGGCCCGGCCACCACACAGGGCUCCGCUCACAACUGGGUCCCCAGCUAAUUCCUCAGCUGACCACACAGUUAGCCAGGAAUUGAUCUCCAAUCAAGAUGACCUCACUAUAUUACAAAAUAACCGGUGCAUUCCUCCUCCCUGCUGGCUGAUUUUCAAACACGACACUUCUUUUGGACUUUAAAGACAAAACCAGACCUCACUCAUGUCAUGUGCCAAGGCAUGCAGAGGACAGGGAGGAGAUCCAGGCUACUAUGCACAAUUUUUCUCCCUUUUUAAAAAAACAAAAAACAAAAAAACAACAACACUUGCAACAAUUUGGCUGCUAGCCAUUUUUAUCUUUUAAUCCAAACUGAUGAUUUUUUUAAGACGUGUGAAAUAAUGUUUUUAGAGUGAAAAGACAAAUCAUGAACUCCCCUCUGCUGGGAGUUUAUAUCACAGUUAUGUUUCACCAGAAUAGCUUUAGGGUCGAUACGGUACCCCUGAUCUCGAUGGCUUUGGUAAUGAAGACUUUUUUUGGAGAAAUGGCCAGUUUUUCCAUCGUCACUUGCCAGACCAAACGCUGUGUGAUCGUCUGAACGAGGUGUAGCACUCUGCUGCGCCAGCGCCUCGCCUCAAGAGGGAAAGUUUCAUCGUAGAAGUCGGUAAAAACCUUGAGGACUGCGAGUGUGUUGUGGAGAGGUAAAAGAUAAAGACUGGACGAUUGGAGGUAUAAAAUGUUAGAUUGAACAUCGGCUACACAUCUUGCCCAAUUGUGUACUUGGACUAUGAUUAUAUGUACGAUAAAAUUUCUCACUUAAGAGAAAAAACCUUAAAAGAUGAUGCUUUUUUUCAGUUAUAUUUGGUGAUUCAUUUAAGAGGGUAUGUAUUUGCAGUUUGGCAUUUUUGACUUCAAUCCAGUGUGUUAUGGUAGAUGUCAGUUAGAUGGUGUUUUUUUUUUUUGUUUUUUUUUUAAAUCCCUGAUGUGCAGUUAAACUAACAAAAUGAAGAAAUGUGAUUUGUGACAUACACAGGGCAUUCAAGGGUAAAUUUAUUUGCCAACAAGUGAUUGGUUGGCCAAGUAUUAUAUUGUCUUCGACAACAAUAUGCCUCCACUGUCAGUUGGUCUACCUGAGUUUUUUUUUUUUUUUUCCUUCCUUCCUUUUUAUUUUCUUCUUCUCGAGCCUGUGCAUUUUCAAAGCACUUAGGUUUCCUGCGACACAGGGACCCCAAACUAAGAGAAUACAUCCACAUUAGGGUUACGCCAUUUCAUUAUAAAAGAGUUUAAAUCCUGUAAAAAAAAAACAAAAAAAAAAAAAACAUGUAAUGUACACGUUGCACAUGUACAUGAUGACACACUAUGCAGAUUUAUCAGGAGAACAAAAUGAAAUCUUGAAGGAAAUUUUAAAAAAUCACUUCUUGAAGGGUUUUGCUAUUUAACAUUUUCCUGAUAUUUUGUCGGGGGGGGUGUGGGUGCUUAAUGUCAGAAAUCCUCUCACACUUUAAUUAUUCAGUACUAACAUUCAAGAAAUUAAUUCAGUGUGAGAAGUACAAAAAAGAAUAUAUUUGAUUAUAGUUUUAAUAUACAAUUUAGAUGGAGGUAAUAAAUGAGAUAUUAAUACAUAUGAAUAUAUUACUAAUGACAAGUGAUGUUUUUUUACAUUGGAGGAAGCAUUUUCAGAUAAUUUUUAACGGUAAUUUUCUAUACGUUUAUUUUUGUAAAGGAUGAGAUGCAUGUAGAUUUUUUACAUAACCAAAGGAACACUAAUAUUUGCAUUCGCAUGGCAUUUAGGGAGCGCUUGAGCCUGACACAGUAUCUCAGUGUACAUACGCUUUGCAAAAGACGCCUGUAACAUGAAAUCUGACUUUGAACGAGGCAAAGUGCAUCAAUACUUGACCAUUUUAACUAAAAAUUCCCAAUGAUCUGCCUCAUCAUUUUCUGCAUUAAUUGUGAAUCCAAGUAAAAAAAAAAAAAAAAAAAGAAAAAAAAAA